ACAGAAAUACUUGAAGGGUUUGUGAAACUUGAAGGGUUCUGAAAUGGGUUGGGCUGAAUCAGAGAUGAGGUGCAAGAAGCACCCAAUGCACAGACGCACACCAGGUGUUUGUUCUUAUUGUCUCAGAGAGAGACUUAUUAAGCUCUCGAUUGCAAAUAAUGGUGGUAGAGGAGGAAUGGAAGAGGCAGCAGGUUCGUCUUGUUCUUCAUCGUUGUCUUCAUCGCCUUAUUCUUCAGGUGCAAGUUCUUCGGAUUCUUCUCCACUUCAUGAUCGUUUCGCUUAUUCGGAAGGGAGAGUUGGUUCUUCUGGGUUUUCCUUGAAGAGUCGAUCGGUGGUGGGGUUUGGGCCGAAAACGAGUAGGAGAAGAAGAGUUGAAGUGGAGGGUACGGAUGGGAAUAAGAAGAAAGGAGGGUUUUGGUCGAAGCUGUUACGUUCUACUGGGAAGAAGACCAAGAAGAUUUUGUUGCAUUCUAGUACUGUUAAAGAGAUUUCUUCUCAUAACAGGAUUUAUUGAUUUAUGUAAAUAUUGUUUGUUUGUUUGUUUGU